AUGGCCCCGUUCAUUCCCAUCACCGUCAUCACUGGAUUCCUUGGGGCUGGAAAAACAACACUUAUCCUCUCUUUGCUGCCUCAGCUCCCUUCGGACUACAAGGUUGUUCUGCUGAAGAAUGAAUUUGGUGACGUUGAAGUGGACAGCAAAUUGGCAGCACAAUCCAGUCUGACCGCUGUCAGCGAAAUACUUAAUGGCUGCAUGUGCUGUGUCCUAGUCGGCCAGAUGCAGAAUGCGUUACUAGAGAUUAAAGGUGAGGAUGGGAAUAUCCAUCAGCUGUGUGAUUCAUCCGAAACAACAGAUAAAUAUAUGCCCGACCGUAUCAUAAUUGAAUGCUCUGGGUCAGCCUUCCCCACGACGCUGGCAUUCCAGAUACGCGAGUUGGAACGUGAGACCUGCGGGGGUCUUAGAUUAGAUGCCAUCAUUACAGUAAUAGAUGCAGAAAACUUUACGGGUUACGAAGAUUCCUCACCGACUGCAAAAAUGCAGUCCAAUUAUACAGACAUGAUCCUUAUCAACAAAUGGGAACAUGUCUCGGAGCGACAGUUAGAUAUCGUGUUAGACCAUUUGGGGACGUUGAAUGACCUUACCCCCAAAAUUAGAUGCCAAGGAAAGGAGGGCGUAGACCCCAAGCUGAUUUUUGGCUUAGAGACGAAGCUUUUCAUGGGAGAGGAAGACUACAAGGACGUGGCGCACCAAGAUGAAGUUGAGACUGUGACAAUUCUGCGGGGAGCCGACGAACCAGUACACCAUUGUGAUUCCCAUGCACCUGGGCAUGCUGACGAAGAAGUUAUCACCGAGUCCAAGGAAGGUAUUACACAUGAGCAGCUACAGACGGCGCUGAAUUCUCUGUCGAAGGAGAGGGUGUGGAGGGUGAAAGGAUUCGUACGCUUCGACUCUGCGAAGGACGUAUACAUAUUAAACUGGGCAUUUGGGCGACAUGAGUUGACCGUCCUGAGGGGGAAACACACGGUAAAGGCAGUUAUCCAGCUGACGGCUAUGGGAGAACGGGGUGGAGUGAAGAGGGCAGUAAGAGCAUUCGCCGUUGCUCUGGGUGCUACGAUCGGGUAG